AUGCAUUCCAGUAACCCCAAAGUGAGGAGCUCCCCGUCAGGAAACGCACAGAGUAGCCCUAAGUCUAAGCAGGAGGUGAUGGUCCGUCCUCCCACAGUGAUGUCCCCUUCUGGAAACCCCCAGCUGGAUUCCAAAUUCUCCAACCAGGGUAAACAGGGGGGCUCAGCCAGCCACUCCCAGCCAUCCCCCUGUGACUCCAAGAGUGCGGGCCAUCCCCCUAAAGCGCUCCCUGGCCCAGGUGGGAGCAUGGGGCUGAAGAAUGGGGCUGGAAAUGGUGCCAAGGGCAAGGGGAAAAGGGAGCGAAGUAUUUCCGCCGACUCCUUUGAUCAGAGAGAUCCUGGGACUCCCAACGAGGACCCUGACCUGAAAGAAUGUAAUUCUGCUGACCACAUCAAGGCCCAGGACCCCCAGCACACACCACACUCGAUGACCCCGUCAAAUGCCACGGCCCCCAGGUCUUCUCCCCCCGCCCAUGGCCAGACUACUGCCCCCGAGCCCACAGCUGCUCAGAAGACUCCCGCCAAAGUGGUGUAUGUGUUUUCUACUGAGAUGGCCAAUAAAGCCGCAGAAGCAGUGCUGAAGGGCCAGGUCGAAACAAUCGUGUCUUUCCACAUCCAGAGCAUCUCCAACAGCAAGGCCGACCGGAGCACAGCCCCUCUGAACACACAGCUGUCUGCCCUUCGGAACGAUCUGAAACCUCUCGCACAACAGCCCCCGGCUCCGGCCAACCAGGAUCAGAAUUCUUCCCAGAAUCCCCGGCUGCAGCCAACGCCACCCAUUUCGGCACCAGCACCCAAGCCUGCCGCGCCCCUGCGUCCCCUGGACCAGGAUAGCCCUGGGGCAGAAAACAAACUGCUUCCUUCUGUGGGCAGUCCUGCCAGCUCCACUCCACUGCCCCCAGAUGCCACUGGGCCCAGCCUGACGCCCAACAACCGAGCGGGGACCCCUGUCUCGCAGGGGAGCAGUAGCUCCUCCACCGACCCCAAAGCCCCGCCGCCUCCCCUGCCCAGUGCGGAGCCCCCCGCCCUGGGGGAGAACCCCGAUGGCCUGUCUCAGGAGCAGCUGGAGCACCGGGAGCGCUCCUUACAGACGCUCAGAGACAUCCAGCGAAUGCUUUUCCCCGAUGAGAAGGAAUUCACAGGACAAAGUGGGGGACCCCAGCAGAAUCCUGGGGUAUUAGAUGGGCCUCAGAAAAAGCCAGAAGGGCCGAUCCAGGCCAUGAUGGCCCAGUCCCAAAGCCUAGGUAAGGCACCUGGGCCCCGGACAGAUAUGGGAGCUCCAUUUGGCCCGCAAGGACAUAGAGACGUGCCCUUCUCUCCAGAUGAAAUGGUGCCACCGUCCAUGAAUGCUCAGCCUGGGCCCAUGGGCCCCGACCACCUGGAUCACAUGACCCCCGAGCAGAUCGCCUGGCUGAAGCUGCAGCAGGAGUUCUACGAAGAGAAGAGGAGGAAGCAGGAGCAAGUGGUGGUGCAGCAGUGCUCCCUCCAGGACAUGAUGGUCCAUCAGCACGGGCCGCGGGGGGUGGUUCGGGGGCCACCCCCUCCAUACCAGAUGGCCCCCAGUGAAGGCUGGGGGCCCGGGGGUGCAGAGCCGUUUGCUGAUGGGAUCAACAUGCCGCAUUCUCUGCCCCCGAGGGGCAUGGCUCCCCACUCUAACAUGCCAGGGAGCCAGAUGCGCCUCCCAGGCUUCGCAGGGAUGAUAAACUCCGAAAUGGAGGCGGCCAGUGUCCCCAACCCGGCGUCGAGACCUGGUCUUUCUGGAGUCAGUUGGCCAGACGAUGUGCCAAAAAUUCCAGACGGUCGGAACUUCCCGCCCGGCCAGGGCAUCUUCAGUGGGCCUGGCCGAGGGGAGCGCUUCCCGAACCCCCAAGGCUUGUCUGAGGAGAUGUUCCAGCAGCAGCUGGCCGAGAAGCAGCUGGGCCUGCCUCCGGGGAUGAGCAUGGACGGCAUCCGGCCUGGCCUGGACAUGAACCGGAUGCUCCCCGGCUCCCAGCGACACCUGGAAUCGGGGAGCAAUCCCAUUUUCCCUCGAGUCCCAGUGGAGGGCCCUCUGAGUCCUUCCAGGGGGGACUUUCCGAAAGGAAUGCCCCCACAGAUGGGCCCUGGUCGGGAACUGGAGUUCGGGAUGGUCCCUGCUGGGAUGAAGGGAGAUGUCGGUCUGAACGUCAACAUGGGAUCCAACUCUCAGAUGAUACCUCAGAAGCUGCGAGAGGCUGGGGCGGGCCCCGAGGAGAUGCUGAAGCUGCGCCCCGCGGGUGCAGACCUGCUGCCCGCUCAGCAGAAGAUGGUGCCCCUGCCGUUCGGCGAGCACCCUCAGCAGGAGUAUGGCAUGGGCCCCAGGCCGUUCCUCCCCAUGUCUCAGGGUCCCGGCGGCAGCAGUGGCUUGCGGAAUCUCAGAGAACCAAUCGGGCCCGACCAAAGGACUAACAACCGGCUCAGUCACAUGCCACCACUACCUCUCAACCCUUCCAGCAACCCCCCGAGCCUCAGCACGGCCCCUCCGGGCCAGCGCGGCCUGGGCCGGAAGCCCCUGGAUAUCUCCGUGGCGGGCGGCCAGGUGCACUCCCCGGGCAUCAACCCUCUGAAGUCGCCCACGAUGCGCCAAGUCCAGUCUCCGAUGCUGGGCUCACCCUCCGGGAACCUCAAGUCCCCCCAGACUCCGUCGCAGCUGGCAGGCAUGCUGGCGGGCCCAGCUGCUGCCGCUUCCAUUAAGUCCCCCCCGGUCCUGGGGUCUGCUGCUGCUUCGCCCGUUCACCUCAAGUCUCCAUCACUUCCGGCCCCGUCACCCGGAUGGACCUCCUCUCCCAAACCUCCCCUCCAGAGUCCUGGCAUCCCUCCGAACCACAAAGCGCCCCUCGCCAUGGCCUCCCCGGCGCUGCUGGGAAGCGUGGAGUCAGGUGGCCCCCCGCCGCCCACAGCCAGCCAGCCCGCCUCUGUGAAUCUGCCGGGAAGCCUCCCUUCCAGCACCCCGUACACCAUGCCUCCGGAGCCGACCCUGUCCCAGAACCCGCUGUCCAUCAUGAUGUCUCGAAUGUCCAAGUUCGCCAUGCCCAGCUCCACCCCGUUGUACCACGAUGCCAUCAAGACCGUGGCCAGCUCGGACGACGACUCCCCUCCUGCUCGUUCUCCCAACUUGCCAUCCAUGAAUAACAUGCCAGGAAUGGGCAUUAAUACACAGAAUCCUCGAAUUUCAGGUCCAAACCCUGUGGUUCCGAUGCCAACCCUCAGCCCAAUGGGAAUGACCCAGCCGCUUUCUCACUCCAAUCAGAUGCCCUCUCCGAAUGCCAUGGGACCCAACAUACCUCCUCACGGGGUCCCGAUGGGGCCGGGCCUGAUGUCACACAAUCCUAUCAUGGGGCACGGGUCCCAGGAGCCUCCGAUGGUACCUCAAGGACGAAUGGGCUUCCCCCAGGGCUUCCCUCCAGUGCAGUCUCCUCCGCAGCAGGUUCCUUUCCCCCACAACGGCCCCAGCGGGGGGCAAGGCAGCUUCCCAGGGGGCAUGGGCUUCCCAGGAGAAGGCCCCCUGGGCCGGCCCAGCAACCUGCCCCCGAGUUCAGCAGAUGCAGCACUUUGUAAGCCUGGAGGCCCGGGGGGGCCUGACUCUUUCGCUGUGCUGGGGAAUAGCAUGCCUUCAGUGUUUACAGACCCGGACCUGCAGGAGGUCAUCCGACCUGGAGCCACCGGCAUCCCCGAGUUUGACCUGUCUCGCAUUAUCCCGUCGGAGAAGCCCAGCCAGACGCUGCAGUAUUUCCCUCGCGGGGAAGUCCCGGGCCGCAAGCAGCCCCAGGGGCCCGGGCCCGGCUUUUCGCACAUGCAGGGGAUGCUGGGCGAGCAAGCCCCCAGGAUGGGACUGGCAUUGCCUGGCAUGGGAGGCCCCGGGCCUGUGGGAACUCCAGACAUACCUCUCGGCACAGCUCCAUCCAUGCCAGGCCACAACCCAAUGAGACCACCAGCCUUUCUCCAGCAAGGCAUGAUGGGACCGCACCAUCGGAUGAUGUCACCAGCACAAUCCGCCAUGCCCGGCCAGCCCACCCUGAUGAGCAAUCCGGCUGCUGCCGUGGGCAUGAUUCCUGGCAAGGACCGGGGACCCGCCGGGCUCUAUCCCCACCCUGGGCCUGUGGGCUCUCCGGGCAUGAUGAUGUCCAUGCAGGGCAUGAUGGGACCCCAACAGAACAUCAUGGUCCCCCCACAGAUGCGGCCCCGGGGCAUGGCCGCCGACGUGGGCAUGGGUGGGUUUGGUCAAGGACCUGGCAACCCAGGAAACAUGAUGUUUUAA